CUUCCAUUUAGGGCUGGCCGGAAUGGAGGGCAGCCUGCAGCCGCUCAGCCUGCGGAGGGGGCCCGAGGAGGCGGGGGACAGCCAGGCCCUCGCCAAGCUGCGGGAGUUGGCCCUGACGUGGUUCAUGGAGACACAGGCACCCCUCAUCCUGCAGGACGGAGCCCUGCCCCCCUGGUUUCACGGAUUCAUUACUCGCAAGCAGACGGAGCAGCUGCUUGGGGACAAAGCUCCUGGCUCCUUCCUCAUCCGCCUCAGCGACCGGGCCACCGGCUACAUCUUGUCCUACAGGGGCAGUGACCGCUGUCGGCACUUUGUCAUCAACCAGCAGCAGGACCGGCGCUACCUGGUCUCGGGAGACACCCGCAGCCACAGCACCCUGGCUGACCUCGUGCGCCAUUACCAGGUGGUGCAGUUUGAGCCCUUUGGGGAGAUCCUGUCUACUGCCUGCCCCCGGCCGGAGGACAACGAUCUGUAUGAUGCCAUCACCCUGGGCCUCCAGCACACCAGUCUGGGCCUGGAAAAUCCACCUGCCUCAGCAUCCCCCAUGGCGGCCCCAAACAAGGCUGCCAGCCCCUGGCCCCGCCUAAAGCCGCAGGUCCCCUUCCUCCACACCAAGAAGAGUCUGGGUGCGAGUUCCUGCAGCUUCUCUGAGGAGACGGUCCCCGUCAGGGUGCCUCCCCUCCCUGAGAGGAGCGCCUCCCUUCUGGACGAGUCCUUUGGAAGCCCCAGCAACAGCAUCUACUCAGACCUGAGGAAGGUGAACCAGGCACAGCUGGGCCUGGGCGCAGAGGCGUCCGGCAGGCCCAGGCCAGCCCCAUCUGGCAGCCAGCCCAGCUCCCCGGGCAAGACGCCGGAGAGGACACUCUCGGCUGGAGGCCAGAACAAGCCUGAUGGCCCAGGGCCUGCCGUCUCUGGGGUGAGCCCCGAGCAGGGUCCUACGGUGCCUCCCAUGCCCUGGGGCCACCUCCUGCCCCCUGCUUCUGAGGCCCUGGGAUCCUCGGCUGCCCCCUGGAGCCAGGCGUCUCCGAAGCUGAGCCACAGGGCUCAGCCCUGCUCCCAGGGCAGUUCUGCAGACACUUUUGAGUUCCUGCAGACAACAGGUCCCCCAUCAGGGCCCAGGGACGUGCCAGACCAAGAAGGCAGUGCCUACGCGCAGGUCCCAGUGCGCUGGGGGGGCCCAGCCAGACCCUUGGGUCCCGGGACCAGUCCUCCAUCUAGCAAGCCACCAGGACCCACAGACUACGGCUAUGAGAGGCUCUCAGGGGCCCAAGAGAUCCCCAAGCCCAGGAACACCUAUGAACAAACCCCAGCAGCCAGGAGCAAGGAGACUGGACGGACACACAAGGUGGGCUCCAUGGUGGGCGGGGUGGCUGCCGGUAGGAGGGAUCAGUGGCCCUCAUGCAUGAGCAGGCCAGGUCACUGCUGCUGUCCUGAGGGGCCCAGAAUUUUCCAGAAGUAACGUUAUGCUUGGAGGUGGUGGGAGGGGUUGUUGCUCAGCUUGGAUGUAAGGGGGGGGCCUAGAAGCCCCUUCUGGGGGCUUUCUCUGCAGACCAGGUUUCUCUGCCCUGGCCACUGUGACAGGUGGACAAGGGGCCCUGGCUCCAGGCCGGACUUGCCUUGGCCCUCGUCAUGGCUCAGCCACCCCCCAGUUUCCCUGGCAACAACCCUCCCCAAGAGUAUGUCCCAUAUACUGCGAUUACUCCUCAUUUAUCUGAAAUUCAGAUUUCACUGAGCAUCCCGUAUUCUCAUUUAGCAACUGACCAGGACCUCCCUUUCUUCAUCUCUAAGAUUCUGCCCAAAGGGCAAUGCUAAACAUGCUCCCGGGCUAAGGAAACGGCCCAGGGACGGCCGAACAGAGCUGCCACUUCAGGGGGUUUCCGAUAGGAGGGAGGACAGGGGAAGUGGAGGUCAGGAGGGCAGAGGGAGGUGGUCAGGGGCUCCCACGGGGCCCAGGUACCCUCGCCCCAGCACAUUCUGCCUGCACCCUGAGCCAGUGAGCAGGGAGGGUCCAAUUCUCCAUGGGGACGGCCUCGGAUCUCAGCACAUGCAGACCCUCUCGAGGUCUGGGCAGUGAAACCCAAGUUCCCAGCUGAAAGGCCUUCCCGCACAUCCUGGGACGGGGCGUUUACCCGGCGUGGUGCAGCCACUGAGGUCCUGACUCUCCUGGGACCAGAGGCCCCGCCCGGAGGCAGGCCCUCUCGGAACCCCGAGGCCACAUGCCCUGGCUGCCAAGCCCCACAUCCUCUCUGGUCCGACGCCGCCAGGGACCAGCGCACCCCCACCCGCCUAGGGCCCUGCUGCACCAGAGAGCUCUGGGAGCUAGGGAACCCUGGGGCCCUCCAGCGAGGGAAGGAGGGGCUGGGGCUUGCUUCUCCACCCCUUUGGAGACCCCCUCCUCCCCUUCGCCAUCUCAGAAGAGGCAGGUCCUUCAUCCAGAACGGGGGAGGGGGGUCCUGGACGCGGAACUUCUGGCAUCAUGAGGCUCGUGAACAACCAGCAGUAUUCCAAGCUGGCCUUUCCUGGACGUGGGCCCCAGCCUCCAACCAAUGCGGGGCCUCUCUCUGUCCAGGGUCUCCAGGUUCCAGUAUGUCCUCCCUCUUUGCAGCCUGACAAGCUCCGGAGGAUCUUCUUCACUGACAAGAAGCACAAGUUCUGAGCACCGGGCUUCCUCCCAGCAGCUCACCGGUGGGCUUCCUGGGACCCGGCUAUGCCCCCUCUGAAGGCACCCCUGCUUCCCCAGUGCCCCUCACUCUCCCCCAGGGGGGUGGGGGGUCAGGGCUGGAGGGGCGGGGGACUGACCACAGGCAGGGUCAGCACCCCCAUCCCCAAGGUGAACUUCUGAGGCCUGGGCUUCCUGGCCACUUACGGAGCACGUGGCCGACCCCGGGCCAGGGCGGGCUGAGACCCGGGCCAGCUCCCGACCCGGCGGCCCUCCCAGCCGCGGGGGGCAGAGGCCUCUGAGGCAAGAGUUCCGGCCCGGAGGUGCUGGGUUCCCAGGAGCAGGCCCCUUGGCCCCUCUCUGCCCCCUCUCUGCCCCCUGCCUUAUCGCAGCCUUGCCAUGUGGGCUGGCCAGGCCCUCAUCCAAACCCUCCGCACCCCAGACGGGGAGACCAAGGCCACAGAGGAGCGAGCCGCCUGAGGUCACGGUCAGCGCCUGAGCACACACCCCAAGCCUGGCUGCCUGGGGUCCGCCUGGGACGCGCUCCUGGGCGUUUCUGGGGCCAGCCGGUGGGCACAGACUGCCCAUUGCUGUAUGACCGGGUCACCCUCCCCUGCCCUCUGCCUCCCGCCAGUCUCGGCCCCGCGGGGCGGCUCUCAGACCGUUCCCAUGAGGCCCACACAGCAGCUCUGGACACAGGCACGCACGUGUCCACUGUCCCUGGAUACCCGUCCCCCAGGGUCCUUCCUUUGUCCCACUUCCUCUUCCCCCAGUGCCCCCACCUGUGGGUGGGGGAGCAGCUGGCGUGCGGCUCCCGCCCAGGCCUCCAGGCACUGGAGGUGGAAAACAGACUGACCGUCCCCAGAGCGCGCCACGGCCCCUCCCGCCCGUGUCCCCUGGCCCGGCUCACCCCCGUGGGGGCGUCUCCCCCAGCAGCCUCCCCCCUGAAGGGCAGGGGAGAGCGCCCGCCUCCCAGGGGCCCUCGUAGGACAGAGCAGGGCGGAUAGCCCCAUGUCUGACUCGUGCUUCGUGCUCCGUAGAUUCUCACCACGAUCACUACUGUCACGAGGGAAACGGGCAUGGCUCUCACCUAAUGUCCCCUCUGGGGCUCACCUGGAGGUUCGGGGUGCCAAUGUGUCUCCCUCUCCAAAGCACAAG